AUGACAGGACAGAGUUACGUGGAGGAGGUGACGUACCUCUUUGACGAGGACCCAAGCAUCGAUGAAAUCGGUGUGGUUCACUUGGACGACGAACACGAAGCGUUCGUGCUUGCAGACCACAAGUUGGGCAUUGCUAUGGCCAAGAUCCCCGCGAUCCACCGUCAAGCAAAGGAGAAGUUCUUCCGAGCCAAGGAUCUAAACGACGUACCCGGUAUCUUGAACGCCACGCGGUGCAUGUUGCUUGUGUGUGCAGACUUUUACACUGCAUGGAACGCCAGGAAAACGUUGAUCUCGAAUGGUGUUUUCUCCGAAGAGGUCGAGAUGAAGUUCACGAGGCUGGUGUUAACGCAGCAUGCAAAGAGCAUCGACACUUGGGCCCAUCGUCGAUGGGUGUUUCAUCGUCUCUUCCCUCGUCUUCCCAGCGACGAGCUGGCGACCUUGUUGGCCCACGAGCUGUCGCUGUGCGCAAAACUGUGCGAAGAGCACCCCCGCAACUACUUUGCCUGGUCGUACCGAUACUGCAUCUGCUCCAAACUGUCGCUUCCAUCGCUGCUCGCGGAACUGCACGACACCACUCGCGAGUGGUGCGACCGCCACGUGUCCGAUCAUUCCGCUUGGAACCACCGCCACCUGGUACUUGUGCUCGUGCUGUCCCAAGUGCCGACGUCCGCGACUACCCUCGUCGCAGACGAACUCGCCUUCGUCACGCGGCUCCAGCGGCUGUAUCCUGACCGAGACGCCUUGUGGUGCCACCGACGCGCCAUCUUGCAGACCAUGGCGCCGUACUUGUCGAAUAGGUCCAUUUCAUCAUGGGAAGACCUUGAUGCAGAAUAUGAUGAUGGGGGCACCGCCGCUGUCCUGGACGACCACUCGAUCGACGCCUUCGUUCGGGUCGAAGUGCACUUUGGGUCCGAGGUAGGCUCGGUCCCUGCCUUGCGCUACGCGGUGUUUGCACUGGAAUGGAUCCUCAAGCUGUCGCCAGCCCUGCCCCGUGUGGCCCAGUGGCAUGCACAGAUGUGCCGUCAGUUGACUGCAAAAGACCACUAUGAAGACACCAUCCGCCAGCUGAAGAUGCAACUGCACGACGCAAGAAAUCAACUCUUUCGGUCGCAACAGCAACUGAACAGACUGAAGCAGCACCCCCCACGUGCAUCUACGUUACAAGACUCCGUCUUCGCCAACGAAUCACAACACUGCGAGUCGCUUGUUGGUCACGACAUUCGAUCGCAGUUCCAGACGUGCGUGGACGAAGUCAAAGCCGCGACGGGUGGAUCCGUGGGCCAUGCUCUCAACAAAACGAUAUGCAGAUUGGAGUUUCUACAGCGAACGGUCCUUGACUCUCAGCGCCUCAUGUCCGAUAUCCUUUACACGUGUUUCUGUCCCCAUGGAGAGUGCAUUCCCAUUUCAUCCUUAACCACUGGUCGAACAAACCAUCCAUACCUUGCGAGAAGAGUGCCACGACCUUCGCGACGUUACCAAAUCCACGCCGAAUCGACAUUGACCAAGUCGAACCAACACGGACAAAGAGAGCGACCAGAGACCCCUGCCCGCGGCACGACGCCAGCCCCAGGGACAGUUCCUGCGACGAUGCGACGUGACAAACUCCUCCGGCAACUCCGCUGCGUCCACACCCCAGACGAAGGAGCAGCUCCUCAUAUCAUGCUGGAUGUCAACGGAGACAUGCACGAGCUCUCGAACGACCUGCGACAGCGCGCGGGGCUAAUCUGCAUGGACAUGGUGGCCGACAUGUGCCAUCGCUUCGACUUGUCGUCGUUGGUCGAUCUGCCUUCGCAUGUCAAGCACGUGCGCCGCCUCUCUCGAAGCCUUCCGAUGCUGAUCACGUUUGUCGAGCGCGUCGAGGUGCUGACGGCGACUGGAGAGAAGGCAGCCACAACUUCCGCAUCGCAGCACCGGCCAUCCAAAAGUUCGCUGGACUCGUUGGCCCGUCGACUAUCGUUCAUAGUGCACGAUUACAAGGCGCUUCAGACACAUUUGGCACGUCCAGGUCGUGCAAUCCAUGAGACGCUACUCAAAUGCAUGCAUGUGUUGAAUGUCCAGCACAUCGACGAGAUGGCGCCAUCGAUUGUGGAUCUCGUGGCCGUCACAGCCGCCCAUCGCGACUUUGUGUCGGCCUUGCGAACGGUGUUGGGUCUUUCCCGACAUGAAACGCGAUCCGACAUUCUCGAGCUGCUCCAGACGUAUAUGCACACGAUUGGCUUGGGGGCAAAGUAA